AGCGCCGAGCCGGGUCAGAAAUGCUACAGGAAUGUGGGUUACAUUGUUUAUGAAGAAGCAGAGUGUAACAGUUUCUUUUUACAGAAUUGAACAAUGACCAUAGUUGACAAAGCUUCUGAAUCUUCAGACCCAUCAGCCUAUCAGAAUCAGCCUGGCAGUUCUGAGGCGGUCUCACCUGGAGACAUGGAUGCAGGUUCUGCCAGCUGGGGUGCUGUGUCUUCCUUAAAUGAUGUUUCAAAUCACACGCUUUCUUUAGGACCAGUACCUGGUGCUGUAGUUUAUUCAAGUUCAUCUGUACCUGAUAAAUCAAAACCUUCACCACAAAAGGACCAAGCCCUAGGUGAUGGCAUUGCUCCUCCUCAAAAAGUUCUUUUCCCAUCUGAGAAGAUUUGUCUUAAGUGGCAACAAACUCACAGAGUUGGAGCUGGGCUCCAGAAUUUGGGCAAUACCUGUUUUGCCAACGCAGCGUUGCAGUGUUUAACUUACACACCGCCUCUCGCCAAUUACAUGCUAUCACAUGAACACUCCAAGACAUGUCAUGCUGAAGGAUUUUGUAUGAUGUGUACAAUGCAGGCACAUAUUACCCAGGCACUCAGUAAUCCUGGGGAUGUUAUUAAACCAAUGUUUGUCAUUAAUGAGAUGCGGCGUAUAGCUAGGCACUUCCGCUUUGGAAACCAAGAAGAUGCCCAUGAAUUUCUUCAAUACACCGUUGAUGCUAUGCAAAAAGCAUGCUUGAACGGCAGCAAUAAAUUAGAUAGACACACCCAGGCGACCACACUCGUUUGUCAGAUAUUUGGAGGAUACCUGAGAUCUAGAGUCAAAUGUUUAAAUUGCAAAGGUGUCUCAGAUACUUUUGAUCCGUAUCUCGAUAUAACAUUGGAGAUAAAGGCUGCUCAGAGUGUUAACAAGGCAUUGGAGCAGUUUGUGAAGCCAGAACAGCUUGAUGGAGAAAACUCAUACAAGUGCAGCAAGUGUAAAAAGAUGGUUCCAGCUUCAAAGAGAUUCACUAUACAUAGAUCUUCUAAUGUUCUUACACUUUCUCUGAAACGUUUUGCAAAUUUUACUGGUGGAAAAAUUGCUAAGGAUGUGAAAUAUCCUGAGUAUCUUGAUAUUCGACCAUACAUGUCUCAACCAAAUGGAGAACCGAUUAUUUAUGUUUUGUAUGCAGUACUGGUACACACUGGUUUUAAUUGCCAUGCUGGCCAUUACUUCUGCUACAUAAAAGCUAGCAAUGGCCUCUGGUAUCAAAUGAAUGACUCCAUCGUAUCUACCAGUGAUAUUAGAUCGGUACUCAGUCAACAAGCUUAUGUUCUCUUUUAUAUCAGGUCCCAUGAUGUGAAAAAUGGAGGUGAACUUACCCAUUCCACCCACAGCCCCGGCCAGUCCUCUCCCCGACCAGUCAUCAGUCAGCGAGUUGUCAACAACAAACAGGCCACGUCAGGGUUUAUUGGACCACAGCUUCCUUCUCACAUGAUAAAGAACCCACCUCACUUAAAUGGGACUGGACCAUUGAAGGAAACACCGAGCAGUUCCAUGUCGAGUCCUAAUGGAAAUUCCAAUGUCAGCAGGGCUGGUCCUGUUAAUGCUUCGACUUCUGUUCAAAACUGGUCAGUUAACAGGUCCUCAGUUAUUCCAGAACAUCCCAAGAAACAAAAAAUCACGAUCAGUAUUCACAACAAGUUACCUGUUCGCCAAGGUCAGUCUCAGCCUAACCUUCACAGCAAUUCUUUGGAGAACCCAAACAAGCCUGUUCCCUCCUCUACCGUUACCAGUUCUUCCACAAUACAGUCUACCUCGAGUGCAUCUGCGGCGUCGGUUUCUAGUAAAGUAACAAAGCAGAUUACCCCGAGUGAGUCCUGUUCCAAGCCAGUGAUGAACGGCAAGUCCAAGCUGAACUCAAGUGUCCUGGUCCCCUAUGGCGCCGAGUCAUCUGAAGAGUCUGACGAGGAGGCCAAGGGCCUAGGCAAGGAGAAUGGUCUGGGUACGACCGAGAGCUUGCACUCUUCUGCUCAGGAUGCUGAAGAUGAGGAGGUCUCUCAGCACGAGCUUCGAGAACCUGUUACUCUAAAUGGUGCUAAUAGUACAGACAGCGACCUGAAAGAAAACGGUCUGUCAUUUGAUGGUGCCAGUUGCCAAGUCCAGCCCGCUCUACACUCGGAAAACCCCUUUUCUAUGGCAAAUGGUCUACUUGGAAAGUUGGUGCCUGCUGCUCUGCCACCUCUCCCAGAAGACAAAAUCUUAGAGACCUUCAAACUUAGCAACCAAGUGAAAGGCUCGACAGAUGAAACGAGUACAACCAGGAUGGAGGAGAGCCCUGCAGAGGGUCCUGAGGCAGACCCAGAGGCCGGCGGCCCCACUCCAGACGCCCGUGAGAAGCUGCAGACACUCACGAGUCUCAGCAGCAAGUUACAGAAGGCUCUGCUGCUCUCGGACUCCAGCGUCAAAGCUACCAAAGAAGAAGUCUUAGAGACCGUUUCAGCAAAGCCUGAGGAGUCUCUGCCCAAUGUCAAUGCUCUCUGUAACGCCAGCAGGAGUACCGUAGGGGACGAUCAACUUUCUAAACUAUGUGAGCCUGGGAAUUUGACAAACGAUCCGAGCAAACCAUCCCAGGCUGUAAAAGGGACGUCACUAGAGAGUCCCCGGGACUCGGCAACCGUGGAAACAGUGGGGAGGUUGAGCCCGAGUUCCCUAGCGCGUUCCGAGGGUGACCGUGAGCAUGAACUCGUAGUUUAUAGCAGUCGAGACAAGUGCAUGGACGUGGAGGACCCUUCCAAAAGCCCAGAGGUGUCUACAGAGGAGUUGCCCUCCCCUCAGUUAGACAAGAUCACAGAAAAUCAUUUGGAGGGGCGUCCUGAACAAAGUAACGGUGAGAGAUGUGAAGAAAAUAGGGUUGCACAAAAAGUUCAGGAUCAUUCUCCAGUUAAGGAAAAAAUCAGUGGCCUCAGAAAAGUUGAUCGAGGACAUUAUCGCAACCGCAGAGAUCGCUCCUCCAGUGGAGAGCGCGCGAGGGAAAAUAGGAGCAAGACCGAGGACCAUUAUCACAAAAGGCGGCACUGCUACGUGAGAGAGCGGGCCAAGCAGGACCGCCACAGGCCAGAACACUGCAAUGGGAGCCAGCACCACCCCUGUCACGGAGAGAGAGGCAGCCCCAGUGAGCGCCGCUCCCUAGGCAGGUACAGCCACCACCACUCUCGAAAUAGAGGCGGGUCAGACCAGGAAUGGAGCAGGUACCACCAUUCGGAAAGCGAACACUCCUGGGGCCGGGAGAAAUACUACCUAGAGAAGAUGAGAUGGGACAAAUGCAGGUAUUACCACGACAGGUACGCCCCCUAUCCAGCACGGGAGGUGUGGGAGUGGAAGCCUUUCCAUGGUGACCGAGAGUAUGACAAGGCAGGUCAGUACCCCAGCCGGCCGCACAGAGACUACUCUAAAAGCAGGAAGGGGUAUGAGUUGGUUGCUAGAGAGAAGGGCCGUCACCAUUUCAGCAACCUGCGAACAGGCCCACCCCACGCCCUUCCUCUGUACCCUGAGAAGUACGCCCAGGAGAAAGUUGCACUUGUAGCCGAAGACAACAGCUGUGACCUCGCUGAUCGGUUUCACGAACACGACGAUGUCAAGUCACGGAAACGGAGGUAUGAUAGUAUAGAAAAUCCUGACAGUCACGUAGGAAAGAAAGCCUGGAGAAGCUUACCACAGGAUCCUUUAGGAGAGCCUAAAGUGAAGAAGCACAAAAAAUCAAAGAAGAAAAAGAAAUCCAAAGACAAACACCGAGAUCGAGAUUCCAGGCAUCAGCAGGAUUCAGAUCUUUCAGUAGCAUACUCUGAUGCUGACCUCCACAGACACAAAAAAAAGAAGAAGAAAAAGAAGAGACACUCAAGGAAAUCAGAGGACUUUGUUAAAGAUUCAGAACUACACUUACGGAAGGCCGCCAGCUAUGAGACUGUUGACCAUUUCCGGAGAACUGACAGUGGCUUUCUCCUCACCGAUGGCCUGCCUCUGGAAGGUGUUGGACCUUUCCGUGAGAAAACAAAACACUUCAGGAUGGAAAGCAGGGAUGACAGGUGUCAUCUGUCUGAGUGUGGCCAGGGUAAGAGGAGAUACUCGGAAUUAAGAACAUAGGAACUGUUUUUGUUGGAAGAGGGGAUUAACACAGGGGAAGAAAAGCUCCGAUGGUGUGAAAGGGUGCCCGUCCCUGCGAGCCCCGGCACUCUGCUCCCUCGGCCUCGACUCCUGGACGGAGACGUGCCUCAGCUGCGUGGUCUGGAUGUUUAGCACUGAUCCCUUAGCAUUUACUGAAAACCCGAGUCACACGGAACUGGGCCCAGCAGAACCUCUGUCAUCAGCCCUCUGGAACUUAUGGCUCUGGGUAUCUGAGUAUUUGUCUCAUGAAGGACCAGAACUUUGGUUUUUAAGCCAUUUCUGAUAGAAGUAUUUUUGCAGUAUAUUCUCUCUCUCCUAAAUCCUUAAACCUAGCAUUCUGAGUAUAACCGGAAACUCGGUGUGAUGACUUCGGUCAUCGGCACAGCAGCCGGCGGCCCCUGGCCGAGCGAUGCCUCUGCGGCAUCUGUGCUGGGGGCUUUGGCUCCUGAGGAGUCGGCCUCUGCCGGCUGGGCUGGCUUGGAUUCCUGGCUGCUUUGCACAACUCCAUCUUCCCUUGUAAUUUCGUAGCCCUUUCUACUCUCCGACUGCCCUUAAAGCAGCUCCUCUCCUCUCUUACUUGCUUCAGUGGCCUUUGGCUCUGGAGGGCAGUGCUGCGCUUGUUGGACGUGGGUGUAGUGUAGGAGCCAGGGACUGAGAGCAGGGGUUGGCAAACUGCAGCCUGUCUGUGUGCGGCCUGCCAGUUAAGAAUGGCUUUAACAUUUUUAAGUGGUUCGAAAAGUCCAAAGAACAUCAUUUCGUUUCACAUGAAAAUUACGUGAAGUUGAAAUUUCAGUGUCUAGAGUUACACUGGAGCCCAGCCCAGCUUACUCGUUUACACAGCGUCUCACAGCUUUGGUGCACACAGCAGAGCGAGUCAUUGCGAGGAGACCGAAUGGCCCGAAAAGCUGAAAAUGUUUGUCAUCUGGGCUUUCGUGGAGAAAGUUUGCCGACCCCUGCCCUAGACACCUGAGGUGCCAUGUCGUGACUGACAUGUCACCUUGGUUGCACAGAGGCCUUUUGGUUCUCAACUGUGUCUUGGGUUUGGGUGAGAUGUCGUGUGUUAUGGGGGCAGGCCCUUCCCCUCCGGUGGCCCACAGUCAGUGUGUGAUUGUUGACUGAGGAGGGACAGAUGGCCCCACAGAGAGUUGGCGUUAGGGGAGAACCAGGUAACAUGAGGGAUAGAAUGUUCCCCCGGAGGGGAAGCGCUGUGGGCACUCGGUGUGGCAGGGAGCAGAUGAGGAGAACUGCCACCGCCAGCAAAAGGUGAAGCUGCAGUGGUAUUUGCUCUGUGUGUUUUUAAAGAAAUCAGUAUAUGCAUUUUCAGGUUGGCUUCCCAUGAACAUUUCAGCAGUUUGGAGAAGGGGUUUUGGUAAGGAUUGAGUCCUUCUGACCUCUGCUUGGUGCUUGGGCUGAAGUAGUGAGAGGGGCUGUUGUGCAUACUGGGCAGGGCCCCAGGGGAUUCUACAUGUUGCCAGAAUCUUCCUUCCCCUUCAGGCUGCAGGUCUCUCUCAUAAGGAGCACAGCCAGAGGCCACCCGUGCAAGUGGGUGGCAGCCCACCCAAAGAGAUGGCUCUGGGGGGAAAGUAGGUUGAGUGCGAACCUCGGUAGGCGGCAUUUGGUGGCCCAGGCACGUGUUUCCAGGGACUCAGUCAGGCUUUGUGUGGAGCAGUGGCCCUGUGUUCCUGUUCUUGAUCCAAGUGCACCCCAUGACGGGUGUGCAGCCAGCACUUCUGCUGUGAGCGGGCUGAGGAGCCCACGUGC